CUUCGGCAGCAUUUUGCUUGUAAGUGCCAAAUUUCCUGUUGUUUCCUCUCAACCUAGUGUGGCCAUUGCACUAAUUUUGCAAUUAACCAUGGCCUCUAAUCGAGUGAAGAGUGGUGUGAAUGUUGGUGAGAAGAGGGUUUUGAGUAAGAUUGACAUGAAAACGAAGAAAGAAAUUAUUGAAAAUUAUCGGUGUGGUAUGCGUGUUACCGAUCUUGCUAAAGAGUACAAUAAAGCACAGUCUACGAUCUCGACUAUUUUGAAGCAGAAGGCGGCUAUUAAAGCAGCUAAUGUUGCAAGGAGAGUGGCAAUGCUAACCAAGCAGAGGCCUCAAGUGCUGGAAGAGAUGGAAAAGCUGUUGCUGGUAUGGUUGAACGAGAAGCAACUUGCAGGCUAUACUGUAAGCGAGGCGGUCAUACGUGAGAAAGCUAAGACGAUACAUGGUAAUUUGUGUCAGAAAUACCCUUCUUCAAGUGGAGAAAGUCAUGAAUUUAAAGCCAGUAGAGAAUGGUUUGAAAGGUUUUGUAAGAAAAAUUGUACUCAUAAUAUUGUAAGGCAUGGAGAGGCUGCUAGUUCUGACACUGCUGCUGCUGCUGCAGAAGCGUUCGCGAAAGAUUUCGCUAAAUUCGUGGAGGCUGAAGGAUAUGUCCCACAACAGGUAUUUAACUGCGACCAGACAGGCUUGUUUUGGAAAAAGAUGCCAAAGAGGACCUACAUCACACAGGAGGAGAUGGCUAUGCCCGGCCACAAGCCAAUGAAAGACAGAUUGACCCUUCUGCUGUGUGCGAACGCAAGUGGCGAUCUAAAAAUUAAACCGCUAGUCGUCUACCAAUAUGAGAACCCUCGUGCGUUCAAGCAGCACAAUGUAAACAAGACCAGACUGCCCGUGAUGUGGAAAGCUAAUACAAAGGGUCUGGUCACAAGGAGCUUGUUUUUGGAAUGGCUGCAUGAGGCUUUCGUUCCCGCUGCUAGGGAAUAUCUUUCCGACAAUCAUCUGCCUGAAAGGUGCCUUCUUCUGAUGGACAAUGCACUGGCACACCCUCCCAGUUUGAUUGACCUAAUGGACAAUGAGUACGACUUCAUUGAGGUCAAGUUUCUCCCCCCAAACACGACUCCUCUUCUGCAGCCCAUGGACCAGCAAAUAAUUUCCAUCUUUAAGAAGCUGUACACUAAGGGACUCUUCACCAGGUGUUUUAAUGUCACCGAAGACACGUCUUUGACCCUGAGGGAGUUCUGGAAGAACCAUUUUAAUAUUGUUCAUUGCCUCAGCCUCAUCGACAAAGCCUGGGAAGAUGUCACGUACUGGACCUUGAACUCAGCAUGGAAGAAACUUUGGCCUGAAUGCGUUGCUGAGCGAGAUUUCGAAGGAUUUGAGCCCUCUGUUGUGGAUGAGAUCGUGUCCAUGAGUAACAGCAUGGGUCUUGAAGUCGACAGUGAUGACAUCGAGGAAUUGGUCAAAGAUCACGAUGAGGAACUGACCGCGGACGAACUCGUUGCACUCCAGAAUGAGCAGCAUAAGGUGCUCACUGAGGAGCAGUCAUUGGGGGAAGAAGAUGAAAGUUUCCGUAAAGUUUUGAUGCGCAGGAAAAGACAUGUCACAUUAGAACGGCAUUUGGUGACUGUUGGUCCACCAGCUAAAUUGAUUAAAAAAAACCAAGAAACCUCUGACUCAGAAAUCACUGAAGAUGAAAUAUUCGAAGUUGAAGAAAUCACAAGAGACAAAACACCUGAAGGAGAAC